ACCUCAUAUUGCAUUUCCCUCUCUUUGCAUUUCGCGUUCUCUACUCAUACCUGGUCUCUCGUCUCUGCUUCGGAGACGAUUCUUUCUCGCAUUUCCAUUUUCUGUUCUUCAAUUUUGCCUGAAGGAUCCAUGGCUGACCAACCAGGCGGGCUGGAUUCGGUUAUUGACAAGAUCUCCGGUAAGAUCGACGGCUACAAUUCUUCCUCUUCCUCCGGCUCUGAUGAUGGCCACCCUUCAAAAAUCAAUGCUGUAAAAUCCCACGUUUUUAGGCUCUUCGGUAGAGAUAAGCCCGUUCACACGGUCUUGGGCGGUGGAAAACCUGCUGAUGUUCUUCUUUGGAGGAACAAGAAGAACUCUGCAGGCAUCCUUGGGGGUGCCACCGCCUUGUGGAUUCUUUUUGAGCUGCUUGAGUACCAAUUAAUCACUCUCGUAUGCCAUAUAUUAAUUCUUGUACUGGCUCUAGUUUUCACGCGGUCUUAUGCCAGUUCGUUUAUCAACAAGUCCCCACCGCAAAUCCCAGAUUUUAGACUUCCUGAAGAUCGUCUACUCGAGGUUGUCUCUGCAAUGAGAAUCAAAAUCAACCAUGUAAUCUCCAAUUUACGUAACAUUGCUUCUGGGAGAGAUUUGAAGAAAUUCCUCCGUGCUUUUAUUGGCUUAUGGGUUCUAUCAAUGGUUGGAAGCUGGUGCAAUUUUCUGACCUUGUUAUACACAUCCGUUGUAUUGCUACACACUGUGCCAGUGCUAUAUGAGAAGUAUGAUGACCAGGUUGACGCAUUUGCUGAGAAGGCUUUGAUAGAGUUCAAGAAGCAGUAUGCUGUAUUUAACGCCGAAGUUCUGAGUAAAAUCCCUAUGGGGGCACUUAAAGAGAAGAAAAAGGAUUAGGUUAUGUGGCAUUUUUGUCUGCAGAGCUGGAGGGCAUUCUCGUUUUGAAUUUGGAGCCAAGGGAUACUGAUUUUUGGUCCAAUUCUUAUGAUUGCUUCUGUUGUCAUCCAUCAGUUUGCUCAGCUUUGGACAGUUUAUCGAUUGUUGAGAUUCAUUUUGAUGGAUUACUGUUUAACAUUUUAAUUAACUGAACCAUUUAUUAUCUUCUUUUCAACUGAUAUAAUGUGAUUGAGACGAUGGUGUAGCCGAGCUGGAGACUCCAGAGAUCUUACAUAGACCCGAGUCUGUUUUGGUGGUAUUUACUUUUGUCUACUU